AUGGGGACGCGGUCGUCUGCCAUUUCCUAUAUUCAGCGCGAGGCAAGCCAGCACUAUACGACAGGCAAUGAAAUUAUUUGUUUCUUUCCUCCAUACGGCUCGGGAUAUAUAUACGUGAAGGGAAGACCCGCGGGAGUGAUGCCUCUAUUUUAUGCAUUUUCCCCCUACAGUGUUUUCGCUUUUUUCUUGAUUCUCUUAUUUUUUUUUAACGUUUUGGGCUUUUUCUUGCGUUUUUUGUAACCGAUAUAUGCUGUGUGUUUAAUAGCAUAUUUAUGCCACGAUUGAUUGAG